AUUAGCAGCAAUGAUGUCAUCGGGCAGGGGCUGAGAUGAGUCUAUAGAAACCAGCUUCACGCUGCUGUCUUCUCACACAGAUCAGCCAACACACCGAACAUCAUCUUCUCCAGCACACUCAGACCAAGAGGAUGCAGACAGCACAUCAGAGUCUCACCAAACAGAGAAAGCAGCAGACCAUGAUCCCGAGCAGAGAAGUAAAGGGAGGUCUGAACCUUGGGAAGAAGAUCAGCGUUCCUAGGGAUGUGAUGAUGGAGGAGCUGAACCUGAACACCAACAGAGGAUCCAUCAUGUUCCAGGAGCGUCAGAGGAGAGUGGAGAGAUUCACACUGGAGAACUCAGAAGAGGCUCCCACCAUCACAUAUAACAACGUGGAUCAGAAUCAAAUCCAGAACCAGAACCACAUGAUGACAGACAUGCAGGGAGGGAAAGAAAACCUGCUGUAUCCAGUGGCCGGUAAACACACCCUCGUCACCACCCUGAAGAACACAGUGGCCAAGAAAGGAAGCCCAAAUGUGCUGGCACCAGGCUACUCUGGACCGCUGAGAGAGAUCCCUCGAGAGAAAUUCAACGCCACGGUGAUCCCGAAGUCUUAUUGUUCACCGUGGCAGGAAGCCCUGGGAGAAAAUGAAGAGCUCCUCCUGUCUUCACUCAACAAUCAGAUUGCAGAACCACAGAAACUCCCGCCAGCAAACUACAGGUGCUUUAACAGAGCCGCGGUGCCAUUUGGAGGUCCUGUGCGCAGUCAGAGGGUGAUUCCUGUUAUUGGGUUUGAAGCUCUGGAGACUCCAAGUCUUUCUAGCAUGACCUUGGCCACCAUGUCCAAACGACGCAACUUCAACAGAGCCCCGCGGGGAUGGGGUGUCGGAUACUCGCCCGAGUCAAAUGACCUGUGAGCUCGGCGCUGAUCCACACCUGUAACAUUAGAGGAAAAGACUGUCGCACCGUAAAGACCUGCGCUUUGCACUUUCAGGCCGGUGUCAUUAUGUUCCCUGCAGUUGAAAGCCCAGAGGAGAGCAGCUGGAAGUUUAGAUUUACAUCAAAAACCAAAAUUAAGCAUCAGGAUAAAGAUGAUCAGGAUGAGGAGAUGGUUUUAGCUUAGUGCUGAAUGAAAGAAGUUUUGGUUGCUCUCCUAAACCGUAUAGUUCAGCCAAAAAUGACAAUUGCAAAGUGAAUGGGUGCCGUCAGAAUGAGUCCAAACAGCUGAUAAAAACAUCUUAAUAAUCCACAAGUAAUCCACACGACAUCUUGUGAAGUGAAAA